CAGGUGAACAACAACGGGGUCAUCUCCUUCCUGAAGGAGGUCUCCCAGUUCACCCCAGCGGCCUUCCCCAUCGCCAAGGACCGCUGCGUGGUGGCGGCCUUCUGGGCAGACGUGGACAACAGGCGCGCCGGCGACGUGUACUACCGGGAGGCCACCGACGCGGCCACGCUGCGCAGAGCCACAGAGGACGUCAGGACUUACUUCCCGGAGCUCCCAGACUUCUCCGCCACCUGGGUUUUUGUAGCCACCUGGUAUCGCGUGACCUUCUUUGGAGGCAGCUCCUCUUCCCCCGUCAACACGUUCCAGACUGUACUCAUCACCGAUGGCAAGCUAUCCUUCACCAUCUUCAACUACGAGUCCAUCACGUGGACCACGGGCACGCACGCCAGCAGUGGGGGCAACGCCUCUGGCCUGGGGGGCAUCGCGGCCCAGGCGGGCUUCAACGCGGGUGAUGGGCGGCGCUACUUCAGCAUCCCCGGCUCGCGCUCAGCAGACAUGGCGGAGGUGGAGACCACCACCAACGUGGGCGUGCCCGGGCGCUGGGCGUUCAGAAUCGAUGAUGCCCAGGUGCGCGUGGGGGGCUGCGGCCAUACAACCUCCGUGUGCCUGGCCCUGCGCCCCUGCCUCAAUGGCGGCAGGUGCAUCGACGACUGCGUCACCGGCCGCCCCUCCUACUCCUGCUCCUGCCCCUCGGGCUUUGCCGGCAGGAGGUGCCACCUGGAUGUGAACGAGUGCGCCUCCCACCCGUGUCAGAACGGCGGGACCUGCACACAUGGCGUCAACAGUUUUAGCUGCCAGUGCCUGGCCGGCUUCGGGGGACCCACCUGCGAGACAGCACAAUCUCCAUGUGACACCAAGGAGUGUGAGAAUGGCGGCUGGUGCGAGGCGGACGGCGGCUCCGCGGUGUGCGUGUGCCAGGCCGGCUACACCGGCGAGGCAUGCGAGACGGACGUGGACGAGUGCAGCUCUGGCCCGUGCCUGAACGGGGGGUCCUGUGUCGACCGGGUAGGGAACUUCACCUGCCUGUGUGCCGAGCCCUUCGAGGGACCUCGCUGCGAAACAGGAAGCCACCCAGUGCCCGAUGCCUGCCUCUCGGCCCCAUGCCAGAACGGGGGCACCUGUGUGGACACAGAGCAGGGCUACGUGUGCGAAUGCCCCGAGGGCUUCAUGGGCCUGGACUGCAGGGAGAGAACCCCCACCGACUGUGAGUGCCGAAACGGUGGCAGGUGCCUGGGGGCCAACACCACCCUCUGCCACUGCCCCCCAGGCUUCUUUGGGCUCCUCUGCGAAUUUGAGGUCACAGCCACGCCCUGCAACGUGAACACUCAGUGCCCGGACGGAGGCUACUGCAUGGAGCAUGGCGGGAGCUACCUCUGCGUCUGCCACACCGACCACAACGCCAGCCACCCGCUGCCGUCACCCUGCGACUCGGACCCCUGCUUCAACGGAGGCUCCUGCGAGGCCCACGAGGACUCCUACACGUGCGAGUGCCCGCGGGGGUUCCACGGCAGGCACUGCGAGAAAGCCCGGCCACGCCCAUGCAGCUCGGGGCCCUGCCGGAACGGGGGCACGUGCAAGGAGGCGGGCGGCGAGUACCGGUGCACCUGCCCCUACCGCUUCGCCGGGAGGCACUGCGAGAUCGGGAAGCCAGACUCGUGCGCCUCCGGCCCCUGUCACAACGGUGGCACCUGCUUCCACUACAUCGGCAAGUACAAGUGUGACUGUCCCCCAGGCUUCUCCGGGCGGCACUGCGAGAUAGCCCCGUCCCCCUGCUUCCGGAGCCCGUGUGUGAACGGGGGCACCUGCGAGGACCUGGGCACAGACUUCUCCUGCCGCUGCCAAGCAGGGUACACGGGACGCCGGUGCCAGGCAGAGGUGGACUGCGGGCCCCCCGAGGAAGUGAAGCAUGCCACCCUGCGCUUCAAUGGCACGCGGCCAGGCUCGGUGGCCCUGUACUCAUGCGACCAGGGCUACAGCCUGCACGCCUCCAACCACGCCCGGGUCUGCCAGCCACAGGGAGUCUGGAGCGAGCCUCCCCAAUGCCACGAAAUUGACGAGUGCCGAUCCCAGCCGUGCCUGCACGGGGGCUCCUGCCAGGACCGCGUCGCCGGGUACCUGUGUGUCUGCAGCCCAGGGCAUGAAGGAGCCCACUGUGAGCUGGAGACGGACAAGUGCCGGGCACAGCCCUGCAGAAAUGGAGGCUCCUGCAGGGACCUCCCGGGGGCCUUUGUCUGCCAGUGCCCCCCAGGCUUCGUUGGAGUCCACUGUGAGACAGAGGUGGACGCCUGCGACUCCAGCCCCUGCCAGCACGGAGGCCGGUGUGAGAACGGCGGGGGCGCCUACCUGUGUGUCUGCCCAGAGGGCUUCUUCGGUUACCACUGCGAGACAGUGAGUGACCCCUGCUUCUCCAGCCCCUGUGGGGGCCGCGGCUACUGCCUGGCCAGCAACGGUUCCCACAGCUGCACCUGUAAAGUGGGCUACACGGGCAAGGACUGUGCCAAAGAGCUCUUCCCACCAACGGCCCUCAAGGUGGAGCGAGUGGAGGAGAGCGGGGUCUCGGUCUCCUGGCGCCCACCCGAAGGCCAGGCCUCCAGGCAGGUGCUCGACGGCUACGCGGUCACCUACGCUUCCUCCGACGGCUCCUACCGCCGCACAGACUUCGUUGACCGGAGCCGCUCCUGGCACCAGCUCCGGGCCCUGGCAGCUGGCAGGACCUACAACAUCUCCGUCUUCUCAGUCAAGCGCAACGCCAACAACAAGAACGACAUCAGCAGGCCCGCAGUGCUGCUUGCACGCACGCGACCCCGCCCUGUCGAGGGACUUGAGGUCACCAACGUGACAGCCAGCACCAUCUCGGUGCGGUGGGCUCUGCACAGGAUCCGUCAUGCCACAGUCAGUGGCGUCCGUGUGUCCAUCCGCCACCCCGAGGCCCAGGAGGACCAGUCCACAGACGUGGACAAGAGCGUGGACAAGUUCACCUUCGGGGCCCUGCUGCCAGGAAGGAGAUACACCAUCCGGGUGACCGCCCUCAGUGGGCUCAGGGGACAGGAGCCUCCCACCGAGAGCCUGGCCUCGGCACCACUGCACGUGUGGACCCGGCCUCAGCCGCCAGCCAACCUGACUGCCACCCGAGUCACGGCCACCUCUGCCCACGUGGUCUGGGAUGUCCCCACCCCCGGCGCCCCACUGGAGGCGUACGUCAUCAAUGUGACCGCCAGCCAGAGCACCAAGAGCCGCUACGUCCCCAAUGGGAGGCUGGUGUCCUACACGGUGCGGGACCUGACACCAGGACGGCGGUAUCAGCUCUCGGUGACGGCGGUGCAGAGCACAGGAGGUGCCCAGCUGCACAGCGAGCCCGCACACCUCUACAUCAUCACCUCCCCGAGGGAGGGUGCUGACCGACGCUGGCUCCGGGAAGGACUCCACCCCCGGGUGCUCAGAAACCGACCGCCCCCUGGGCGCCUGCCGGAGCUGCGCCUGCUCAACGACCCCGGUGCCCCUGAAACGCCGUCCCCAGCCCCCAGGUUCUCGGAGCUUGUGGACGGCAGAGGACGAGUGAGGGCCAAGUUCGGCCAGUCGCCUGGUGGACUAGCCACUGUGAGAUCAAAACCUACGGCUCUGGUGCAGCCUAAGAGCACGGAGGAGGUCCCCACACAGGUCAGCCUGGCCCUGCAGCUCCCUGAACGCAGUGGCGACAAGGACACGGAAGACGCCCCUGGGAACUGCUCAGAAAACCCCUGUCAGAAUGGAGGCACCUGUGUGCCCGGCGUGGAUGCCCACAGCUGUGACUGCAGCCCAGGCUUCAAAGGCAGGCGCUGCGAGCUCGCCUGCAGAAAGGUGCCCCAGCCCUGCACGCGGCUGUUCUCGGAGACAAAGUCCUUUCCAGUCUGGGAAGGAGGCGUCUGUCACCACGUGUUGCCUUUUCAUUUUGUUGAUGGUUUCCUUUGUUGUGCAAAAGUGUGUACAGGAGGGUCUACAAAGUGCACCAAGACAUCUGCUUCAAAGAGAGCUGUGAAAGCACAAGCGCCAGGACAGCCCCCAGCAGGAAACAAAGUAACAGUCCUACACUGAAGAAAUCUUAAGUUCCACCCCACGUGACUCCCACCUCCCCACAAGCACACUCUGCGGAAGCCCUCACAACAGUUUGGAAGAUCUGGGCUAAACCACAGAGACCCAUCUCUAGCUCGACACAAUUUCUUACCAAUGUGAGGUCACUGGAAAUGAAAGGAAUUCUGGCUGGCCCAGGACAGUCACCACACCAGGUCCAUAAAGGAGCUAGAUGCCCAUCUUCCCGGUGGCGCAGGAGAGGAGAGUGGUGCACCCUGGGAACAAGCAGCUUCCCAAACCAAACUGGAUCAAAAAGGACACCCUGAGAGACAACGUCCUGGCUGGAGUCAGUCCCCCAAGCAGCCACCCUCCUCCAGCCUCCGGAAGACAGACGGCCAGGCCAGGCAUCCACCAGCCACCUCCCUGCCCAGCCACAGCCGGAGACCCCCGGGACAGAACCGACACCUGUGAUCUAAGCCAGGCCAUAGUCUAAGGGGUGGCCCGGGCCACGUCUGCCAUGGACGAGCGGGGCCGUCCACCAGGAACGCUUCGGCAACAUUCAGAACCCAGUUCUCAGAUUCCAAACUCAGAGAAAGCAUUCUCCAUUCGAAACCUAAAACCAAAUUAAAGGAGGAACUGCUGUCCACAGCUUUCAAAGCAGAGCCGUGGGGCUGUGAGGGAGGGGCAGAGGCGAGGCCGCACUGGGAGGAAAGGCAGGCGUUGGGGCGUGUGCAUGCUGGCUGUCUGCAGGCAAGGGCGUCGUCACAGAAAACUAGCAGGGUACUCAGACACUUCUCAUCUGCAACUUUUUCUCUGAAGGUGAGACAGCGUUUUUGGCUUGCUGGACCAUGUGGUCACUGUGGCAACUGCUCAACUCUACAAUCGUAGCACAGAUGUGAGAUUGAGCAAGCAGGCUGUGUUCCGAUGAAACUUUAUUUACAAAAGCAGGCAGAGCCAAGUUGGCCAAUGGCCACACUUGGCUAACACCUGGUCUGUGAGGCCACCGGGCUCGGGCCUUAUGCAGAGAAAGCCGCUCCCUGGAUGACAAGUCACACCAAGGCACCAAAGGCCUCAAGGGUUUCAUGGAAGCACUACACAAACCCCACGCGGAAAGCCGAGGCAGCACCUCUACCGAGCGAAGCAAGGGCUCGUCCCUCAGAGCCCAAGUGCGACAGGGAGGGACAACAGGGGCGGACCAGAUGGGACACUGUCUGAGGGUCCUUCUAGCUACAAUUGAGGCAACACUGCUUCAGGAACCAGGCGGUAAGCACGGCCUUUCCCUCACUCCAGUUCCGUGCCACCUCGGCACACGCACACUCCAGCACGCUUCUGAACCGCACCAGCUUCUCCCGGCAAACGACUGUAAGACCAAAGAGGCCAGCCCCCACCUCGCACCAUGGGGAGCACUUCACCGCCGAGCCAAACUGGACACGCCGUGCGUCCUCCGCUGACUCUGCCCGAGUCGGCACCACAGCCACAGAAAGGGCUUCUUCCUUUCACCGUUUAUAAAAAAUUUUUGCAGAGUUAUAUUUUAGGCUUUUUAUUUUUAUUAAAGUUUUGUGUGCAUAUGUCUGUGUAUUACACAUUUUGUCAUUUUCAGAAAGGAGAAAAGUCACUUCAAGAAGUCUCUACUGUACUCCAGAAGGCUCCCAGCCUCCAGGCCCACCUGGAGAAGGUGGCUGAGCUCAGUCAAGGGGCUCCGGCAGCGGGAGACCCCAGAAAGCCACACAUGAAGCAUGUGCUGCUGACAGCUGCAGUGGCGCCAUGGCCCAUGCAAGCUGCAGCGCCACGAGCAAACGGCAAGGUUGAGUGAUGUCACUGGAAGGGGGGAUGAAACUCCACCGCCACGUGAGGAACCUCAGUCCCUCAGCCAUGAGGCAAACGUGGCGUGUUCCAGUUUCUAGCCUAGAAGCCUCUGUUUCUCCGAAAAACAGUCUACUGAAUCCUGAGCUGGGUGCUGUCUCGUCUUAUGACUGACAUAUCACGAUGUUUUAUAAAUUAUACGUGUAGUAAAAAGACUUCCUGAUGCUGAAGGAAUACAAUUCAUCCUUGAAACAUUGCAAAUGAGCCGCUGCUGUUUUCCUGUGGCUCCUUCUUAAAACCCUACUGUCCUCUUUGGAAACACUCAAAAGUCCACCCAAAGAAAUCAGCAGCGACGGAAUCAGAAAACCGUCAGGGGCACAUGCAUUUCUGCGUCAAAAUUAAAGAGGCAACCAUGAGCUGUCAAGUUAGCCAUGUGCUUAACGAAACAUGGAUCAACUGACCAUGCAAUCGAGCCUAUAUUUAGGAUUCUGUUAGUCCUGACUGAGCAAAAGAAUAACAUCCUACGUUCCAGGCAAACUGCAGGUCACUUGGACGCCACAAAAUUCAAGAGUAAAUGAAAACUGAAACGUCUUCACUUUCAAACGAUCCUGCCCGUGACUAAGAAAGACAAUGAAGACAAAACUCCCUUUUCCCCAUUGCGUGCGGGCUGUCCCAGGUGCAGCUGAGGAAAGCACAAGGCACCCUGCUGCUCACCCACCAGCCACCCCAACAGGCAAGGGCUCCGUGUCAGCCAGCCUCCAGCAGCUCUCCUCAGCGGGCAGUCCUCCGGCUGGAGAACUACUGCCACCGACGUCUGACACCCAUGGGGAGGGACUCACCACACUACCUUCCU